UCUUGAAACUGUUACACUGCAGCUUUCAGGCCAAACGCUGCAAUACUUCUCCAAUCCGGAGGGGGCGCUACUGACCACUAUGGCCAUUUGUCACGUGACGAAGUCGUCGCUUGUUGUUCAGCGACUUCCGCACGUAAUAAUGGAUCAGAAGAUACCCUAUGAUGACUACCAGCUUCCAGUGGUGUUCCUGCCGUCUUAUGAGAACCCACCUGCAUGGAUCCCCCCUCAAGAGCGGAUUCACCACCCCGACUACAACAACGAGCUCACCCAGUUCCUCCCCCGCACCGUCGUCUUGAACAAACCUCCAGGAGCACAGCUUGGCUUCAACAUCCGCGGCGGCAAGGCGUCGCAGUUGGGAAUCUUCAUAUCCAAGGUGGUGCCAGACUCCGACGCCCACAGAGCAGGACUCCAGGAGGGAGACCAGGUCCUUUCAGUCAACGAGGUGGAUUUCCAAGACAUUGAACAUUCCAGAGCUGUGGAGAUUCUGAAGACUGCACGGGAAAUCCUGAUGAGAGUUCGCUUCUUUCCUUACAACUACCAGAGGCAGAAGGAGAGAACCGUCCACUAGGUGGCGCCAGUGAGACAGGAGACAAAGAAGCACUGAGUCAGAAGACGUCACAGUACUCAUUACCAUACUUCCAACAAUAGGUGACUCACACUAUUUCAUGCUUGUACACACUGUGCCAUUAUCACUACUCCACCUUCAAAGUAAAGCCAAUCCCUUCUCAUGUAAUAUAUGUAUAAAAUGUAAAUAUUAGAGUGGCUUAUCAAGACAGCAGCACCAAGUUGUGAAAGCAAAUCUACCACAUGAAGCACAUUGAUGGCUUUUUAUACAUGCAGUUGUAGCAAACACAUCAUUUUAGUCGCCAUCCUGUGUUUGCAGUAACCUUUUAAACACUUAUUUCAAUUUCAUGUCACAUUUAUAUUGUAACAGAAUUAAAACUUGCACCAUUUCUUGAAAGUAGUAAGAAAAAUGUUUGUUUGUUUUUGUUUUUAAAUAGCUUCUUUAUGAUAUUGUCUUAUAUAUUUAUCUUUUGAAAUAAAGACAUGUAUUUAUAUACGUAAGUACAUUA